AUGUUUUUCGAAAUUAACGCGAAGACGACCGUGGACGAAGAAUCGCAGGCAGGUGCCCCUCGGCCACGUCGGUGUCGAUUUACGGAGAUUACAAAUAUUGAUUGAUGACUUUACCUUCUAGGUGUUUCACACAUUUCAUUUCACAAUUUUCAGAGCAUGGGUGGAAUAUUCUCAAAAAAAGAAAGAACUCCGAAGCCUGCACCUGUUUCUGACCAGGAUAAUGCGAUUUUAGUAGGUUUCUGAAACGAUCCUAAUACAACAUUGGCAAUUUCAGGCUCUGAAAACUCAAAGAGACAAAAUGAAGCAAAUAAUAAAAAGGAAAGAAAACUGCAUGGAUAAAGAGCGACAAAUUGCAAAGCAGUUACUAAAAGACGGGAGAAAAGAGUGAGUCAAAUCAGAAAACUAUAGUAGCAAGUCCAUUUCAGCCGCGCACUUCUGCUUCUCAAAAAGAAGAGAUACCAAGAAAAUAUCAUCGACCAGACACUGAAGCAUCUGAUCAAAAUCGAACAAAUGGUACGACAAUUCGUUUAAAAUAGAACGACAAUCUCGUAUUUCAGGUCCACGAUCUCGAGUUCGCCGAGGUUCAGCAACGUGUCACAGAAGGACUCAGGCAAGGAAACGAGGCACUGAAGAAGAUGAAUUCGUUGUUUGACAUCGACGAAAUCGACAGGAUCAUGGAGGAAACAAAAGAAGCAGCCGAGUACCAAGAGGUGGGUCUUCAGUCUGCUCAACUGAUCGUUCACCUUUCCAUUUAGGAAAUCUCGAACAUGCUGUCUGGCCAACUGUCCAGUGCAGACGUUUCUGACGUAGAGAAGGAACUUGAAGAAUUGUUGGCUGCCGAAGGACAAAAAAUGGCUUUGGAUAUCAAAGAUCAGCUGCCGAAUGCUCCAAGUCACGAGCUUCCAGAGACAGAACGACAGAAAGGUUAAUAUAGAGUGUGAAGUUAAAAUUAUUUUUCUACUUUUCAGAACAAGAGAAGCCGCGCAAGGAGAGAGUGGCACUGGAAGCCUAA